UUGUCCUUCCUGGAUAUUUCCACAGCAUCAAUCAUUGUUCCCAAGAUGCUGAUAAACUUCCUGUCAGAGGACAGGAGCAUUUCCUACAUGGUCUGUGCCGCACAGCUCUACUGUGUGAUCUUCUUAGGAGCCACUGAAUGCUACAUUUUGGCAGCCAUGGCCUAUGACCGUUACGUGGCCAUAUGCAACCCCCUGAGAUAUGCAAUCAUCAUGAACAGCAGAGUUUGUCUUUCUUUGGUCCUGCUGUCAUGCUGCAGUGGUAAUGUUGUGUCUGUGGUGCAGACAGCUUGGGUGUUCACAUUGCCAUUUUGUGGGCCCCGAAAGAUUAACUACUUCUUCUGUGAUAUUCCACCCCUCAUCAUGCUCUCCUGCACUGACACAUCUUUGUAUGAAAAGCAGAUCAUUAUGGCCACGGUGCUAGUCAUCUUUACACCAUUUUGCCUCAUCCUGGUAUCCUAUGCCUGCAUCAUCUCCAGCAUCCUGAAGAUAUCUUCUUCAGAGGGCAGACACAAGAUCUUCUCCACCUGUUCCUCACACCUUACUGUUGUAACACUGUAUUAUGCAAGUGGGACCUUGAUUUACUUACGGCCAAAAUCCAGUAAUUCACAAGACACAAAGAAAUUCCUAGCUCUCAUAUACACAACCAUAAUUCCUGCAUUAAACCCCUUGAUUUACAGCCUGAGAAAUAAAGAUGUGAAAGGAGUACUAAUCAAAAUUAUAUAUAAGCUAAGGAAGAUAUAA